UCGCCAGUUAGAGUUGCCCGUGCUUCCAAUCAUAGAUCCGAUUAAGAACGCACUUCACCAUCUCAUAGUGGCUAGGUGAAAAUCUGGGUUCAUUUCGUAGGAGUAGGAUAUGUGUUUUACUUAUUUUCAUUGUUGGCUUUUAGGUGUUCAUUUCUUAUUCUAAAGCUUUAUGCUGAUUGAGCUGAUGCCUUGAGCUUUUAGACCAUGCGCAUCAGGGGCUUUAGACGGGUUCACGGGCCCGAGUUCUAAGGCCGGAGUGAUUAAAAAACAAUAAAAAAUGGGUUUGUAUCGAUGAAACGGGCCUUACGGUUGAUCCGCUAUGAAGCGGAUUUAGCCACGCGUCAUUUCCUGGUUGGACGAAACAAACCGCGUAGAGGGGGAGGAAAGACGGGUUUCCCCGUGUCUCUUCUCAUUUUCUCUUCUCGAAACAAAAUCUAGGGUUUGUUGUGUGAGAGGCGAUAAUACGAGCGACGCGGAGUCUUGCCGAUUUUCUCGUUCAAAUCGACGACGGAGAGUCUUCUCCACGACCUCUGGUGAGUAUCGAGUAGAUCGACGGUUUAAUUUCGUUGAAUUUGGUCGAAAUUGUUUAGUGAGAUUUGAUAUCAAUUUGGGGUUUUCGAGUUUCGGAUGUAAAUCAAUAACUGGGUUUCGAUUAAUUGAUGUAAAUCGACAUGCGCGUUUAAUUUAGGGUUUGUUUGUGUGAGAUUUCAAAUCGAUUGAGGGGUUUGAAGUUAGGGUUCUCAAUUGAUUCGUUGAUUCGUUUUAUAGUUUUAAUUCCUCAAGAGGGCUCGAUAUAGGGGUCGGUUUAGUAUAUUGUUUCGAUUAUAAUGUUCUAAUAUAUUCUGUUUCUUUGACAGAUGGAUCCCGCGGAUGAGAGAAGCCAUUCAAAGAGACAAAAGGAGUAUUUUGACAUGCUACAAUAUACUUGUGAUUCAGAAUAUGGGAUUCCUAGAAGGUGUUCCUGUGGUGGGAGAAUCAUCGACGAGGUUCGAGCCAAGGAGGAGUACGACACUCUUCCUGGGAAGAGGUUCUUCACGUGCGUCAACUACGAGGCUGAUGGGUUUCACUACCGUCAGCCUUGGGUGUUUGGUGUCCAGGAGCAGAUGGAACGCUUACUCAAGCGUCUUGAGGAGGCAGAGGAGGUGAUGAAGUGGGUGCCGAGUCUCAAAAACAAUAUUCAGACUCUGGAGGUGAGUAAAUGAGUUUGUAUAUCGUCUCCUAUUUUGCUGCAAUUUUUGUAAUGACUUAUUACCUGACUAUCACAAUUUAAUUAUUGUUUCUAUGUGCAGGCCGAGGCAAAAGGGCGGAGUGACCAGGUUGAUCGACUAACUGGGGAGGUUUACAACCUGACGGUGCAAGUUUCUGUGCUGGAGAAGCUCUGCUUCGACUAACAAGCAAAGGUAAACACUCAAUCUUAACUGAACUAGAACAGAACUGCAAGUAGAUGUUGGUUACUUCGUAGGUAGAAGUGAAUUAGGAUUGUAUUAGGUUGAGUAGAGCAUUAAAUGUUUUAAAAUGUUUCUGUUAAAAACUUUUAUAAUUUUUAAUAACUUUUCAAACUCUUAACUAGGUAGAGUACAACUCGUACUUGAUGUUUAAAAACUUAUCGAAAAAUUUUAAAGUGAUUUGAUGGGUAAUGAAUGGUAACUGUGAAUAAGUUGUUGUGUAAUUAAGUUAAGUAGUUGUGUAAUUUACUGCAGUAGUUGUUGUGUAAUAAAGCAAUGCGAAACUAGUUUAAAACAUAGGCAUUUCACUUCUAAAAACACAAACAAUCAAACCUUAAAAAUCACACAAACCUCUUAACAACAAACCUAAAUCACACAAUGGACCCUUUUUCCCUAAACUCUCACGGGUUUGUUAACUUGUUAGCUUCGCAGAGCAGUCCUACAAUAGACGUAGACUCUGCUGAGGCACAUGUUAGCUCUCCCGGGUUAGUUAAACCAGCGGAAAGGAGAAAGUGGACCACAAAAGAAGAUCUUGAGUUGAUUAGUGCUUGGUUGAACACCAGCAAAGAUCCGAUAAUUAGUAAUGAGCAGAAGUUAGGCGCUUUUUGGAAGAGAAUUGAGGCGUACUUCAAUGCUAGUCCUCAGCUCAUUGGCUCCCUUCCUAGAGAGUGGGGUCAAUGUAAGCAGAGGUGGGGAAGGGUGAAUGCGGAGGUUUGUAGGUUUGUGGGUUCCCAUGAGGCCGCUCUGAAGCAGCAAGCUAGUGGGCAAAGUGAAAAUGAUGUCAUGAAGGCGGCUCAUGACAUCUAUUUCAAUGAUUAUAAUGUCAAGUUUGCGCUUGAACAUUGCUGGAGGGAACUUCGGUUUGAUCAGAAGUGGAAGUCACACUCUCAGCCGAAGGAGAAAAAGAAGGAAUCUGGUGCGGAGCCGGUGGCUGAGGAGGCAGAGGUUAGGCCUCCAGGCAUUAAGGCUUGCAAAGCGGGGAAACGCAAGAAGCCAGACGACGUAGCUUAUGAUCAAAUACAUAGCAUCCUAGCAAAUAAAAACACCAUUUCCAGACAAAAGAUCCUUGAUCGUCUGCUAGUAAAGGACACACUUUCCCCUAGUGAAGAAGCUCUCAAGGAGAAACUCAUCUCUGAAAUGCUUUGACGUCUCAUGUGUAGGAACUUGUUUGAAUAUGAUUGAUUUUGAAUGUGUUGUUUGAAUGUGUUGAUUGAAUGUGUUGUCUAAUUGUUUUGAUUACAUUUUGAAUGUGUUCAUUGAACUUGUGUUUUCUUUUGCAGGUGGGAAAGCGUCUUGAAGUCACGGGUGUUGUAGGUGAAGGAAUCUCUUGUCUUUUCUCUGUUUGAAGCCACGGGUAUGAUGUCAGUUUUUAAUCACGGGUAGAAAGUGUAGCCUUUUGUUUCAUGCUACAUCUUUCAUGUACUAUGUCUAGACUAUAUGUCAUUUCGAUUCACGGAUCAUGUUUGUUGUAAUGUUGCUGUUGAUUCACGGAUGGUUGUGUAGCCUUAAUCUAUGUGUAAACUUAAACUCUCUCCCUUUAUAUAAAUGUAUUGUCUUUCGUUAUUGUACAGAACAAGGCAAACUUGAACUCUCUCCCUUGACAAACUUCUCUUCUAUUCUAUUCUUUCUCUUCUUUCUCUUCUUUAUGUCUCUCCAUACUCUCUUCUGUAACAACACACUUCCACAAACUUCUAUCUGAUCGUGGUGCUCUCCACAACUCAACAAGCUUCAAACCACAACAACUACUCAACUUGAACAACCUUCACAACCUCAACUAGCUUCACAACUCAACUUGCUUCAAACCACAACAACCUUCAAACACUCAACAACAAACUCAAGGUAAGUGAACAUAAUUUAUGAAAUAUUAAUGAAAAAUAAAUAAGAUUAGGAAAAAUAUGAUAGAAUUAAUAUAAUUGAAUAAUGAAAAAAAAAAGAUUAGGAAAAAUAUGAUAGAAUUAAUAUAAUUGAAUAAUGAAAAAAAAAGAUUAGGAAAAAUAUGAUAGAAUUAAUAUAAUUGAAUAAUGAAAAAAAAAGAUUAGGAAAAAUAUGAUUGAAUAAUGAAAAAAAAAAGUGAUGAAGUUGAUUAAUAUUAUUGAAUAAUGGGAAAUGAAUAAGAUUAGGAAAAAUAUGAUAGAAUUAAUAUAAUUGAAUAAUGAAAAAAAAAUUAGGAAAAAUAUGAUAGAAUUAAUAUAAUUGAAUAAUGAAAAAAAAAGAUUAGGA